AUGAAGAACAUCCCCGAGUUUAGGAUUGACAAAUGGAGGUCCGUCGCCGGCGCCCUAUCUCUCGCUGAGCUGCAGGCGCUUGCUUCCGCGCCGGGGCCUGAUGGAGCCGGGGCUGGGGACAGCAGCGCCGGCCCCGUCGACCCGGAGCUUGUGCUCACGUACGGCGACGCGCGCGGCUCGCACAAGCUGCGGGCACGCAUCGCCGAGCUGCAUUCAUCGCCGACCGUGAAGCUGAUGGCCGACAACGUCGUCAUCACGCCCGGGUCCAUCAUGGCUAACUACCUCGCGCUGGCGAGCCUCACUGGGCCGGGCGACCACGUCAUUUGCAUGUAUCCUACUUUUUCUCAGCUCUGGACAAUCCCGCGCUUCCAGGGCACCGAGGUGAGUAUGUGGAAGCUGAAGUUGGAGGAUGGGACGGCGUGGCGGUUGAGCCUGGACGAGCUCAAGGGGAUGAUCAAGGAGAACACGAAGGUCAUUAUUCUCAACAACCCUAACAACCCCACGGGCGCCGUGUUGCCUGAGUCGAUGCUGCGGGAGCUCAUCGCGCUAGCCUCGGAACGCGGCAUCACGCUGUACUCGGACGAGGUGUUUGCGCCGCUGUUCCACACGUCGGAUCCGCCUCCGCCGCCGCUGAUCUCGCUCGGAUACCCCAACACGGUCUCGACGGGCUCCAUGUCCAAGACGAUCGGACUGCCGGGGAUCCGCGUCGGGUGGGUGGUGUCGCUCGACGCGGCAGUGAUCGAGCGCAUCAUGACGGCGCAUGACUACACAACAAUAGCCGUGUCGCUGCUGGACGACGGCGUGGCCGCCUACGCGCUGUCGAGCCAGGUGCUCCCGCGGCUGAUGACGCGGAGUCUGGCGAUCUGCGCGCGCAGCAUCGCAGCCAUCGGCGCCUUCGUCGCCCGCACUGCCCCGCGCACCACCUGGGUGCCGCCGGCGGGGGCCGGGACGGCGUACGUGCGCAUCCUAACUCAAGAUGGCAAAGAGCCUGUCGACGACAGGGACUUCGUGGCGGGCCUCGUCCGGAAGACCGGCGUGAGCCUCGUGCCGGGCGGCUUCUGUUUUGAGGACGGCGAUGAUGGCGCAGACGCCGAGCUGAAAGGCUACGUGCGCAUCACCCUUGGGAAUGCGGACGAGAGCGUCUUGCAGGAGGGCCUGAGGGCCAUUGAAGAGUUCCUUAAGACGUAUUGA